GAUUAUGCACAAAAGCUAGCAUCAGGUGAAAUUGAGUCAGGAAAAGGUGCCAAUCAUAUUCGGAAUGUACAACGAGCUUGUGAUACUCGAUGGAGUUCACAUUUGAGUUCUGUGGCUAGCCUUAUCCAUUUGUACGGUCCAAGUUGCCGUGUUUUAGAGAACGUUCAGAUAGAAGAAAUACGAGCAAGGUUCGAUGACAAAGUACUUGAACUCCUGAAGCUUAGCUCGAGUUUGGAUCCUAGGGAUGGUUAUAAAGCUUUCAACAUUGGUGCUAUUUGUGAUCUUGCUCAGAAGUACUACCCUCUUGAUUUCUCAGAAAAGGACUUAGAUGACUUGAAGUUCGAAUUGAAGCAUUUUCAUGCUGAUGCUCCUACUCAUCCUGAACUCCAAAAUCUAUCAUCACUUGCUGAGUUGUGUCAUGGUUUAGCAGUGACAGGAAAGUCAACGGAAUUUAACCUUGUUGAUAGGUUGAUUCGUCUUAUUUUGACUCUUCCGGUUUCAACUGCCACAGGAGAACGCGCAUUUUCAGCUAUGAAGAUAGUGAAGAACAGGCUGCGGAACAAGAUGAAUGAUGAUUUUCUAGCUGAUAAUUUAGUUAUCUUUAUUGAGCUAGAGAUUGCAGAAACUUUCAGUUUAGACGCUAUUUUGAGUGAUUUCAGUGAUCUUAAAGAACAUCGUGCACUGUUAAAAUACAAUUAA